AUGGCGUCUCUGCCUGGAGCAUUUCCGACGCCGAGGCGAAACCACCACGACGAAUACAACCACAGCCACCCCUUCUACAAGUCACAUAUAGAUGAGGACGGCCACAAAGACGAGAAAAGACACGAACAAGAGAAUCGAAGCAAGGACAAAGGCGACAGCGAAGACGAGAUCCAGAACGAAGACGAGAGCCAGACCACGACAGCCACCAGAUCGCGGCGGAUGAUUGCCACCUGGGCAGUGGCGGUAUCGGCUUCCGAGGCCCGCCGCCUCAACAACACAAAGGCCAGUAAUAAAAUACCCAAGGACUUGAAGAGGAGGAAGAGGAGGAGGAGGAUAAGAACGACGACGAAAACAAGGAUGAUGACGGAGACGACAAUACGGACGACAAUGGGGACCACAGAGCACAGGUAA